AUGGCUCGGUCGGCCUCAAAGCGCGUCGGCCGCUUCAGCAGGCAGCGGAUGCAGCGGCUGAUGCGCGGCGGCGAGAGCGGCGGGGACGAUAAUGGUUCGGACGACGGCGGCAACGACCCGCGACCGUUUGUUGAUAUUGCAGUCGAGCAUGCGACAGGCAAGGCGGCAGCUUCCGGCGGCGACGGCGGCGGCAACGGCCGCGGCCGCGGCGCCAAGCGCGGCGCGGCGCGCGCGCUACUAGAGUCGUACGUGGCGGCGUUUGGGCUGGCGCUCGACCUGGAAUUGGAGGAGGAGUGGCAGGAGGCGGAGCAGCGGCUGCAGUCCUGGAGCCGCGAGCGGCUGGCGGCAGAGGGCGUGGCGCUGUUUCAGAUGUCGGCCGCCGCGGACGGCCAGAUUUACCGCGACUCAGUGCUCAAGUUUUUUCGGCCCAACGAGCCGCUGCCAUUCCACGCGCUCUCGCAGGCGAGCGCGCGCGCGUGCGCGCACACGCGCAUGCCUGCGUUGGGUGACAUCAUCCUUAUCAGCAGGGGCGACCCGGGGGGCGACUCAUUGGAAGGUGUAGUCGUGGAUUACUCAACCCGCUGGCUGCGGGUCGCGCUGCCAACGCAGGUGGCCGAGCACGUGAGGGGCCCCGGCUGGCGGCUGGACCUUUAUGCAAACACCAUAGCUCACGAGAGGGCGCAGGCGGCCUUGAAAUGCUUCGCGGCGCCCGCGCUGGGCGGCGGUGGCGGCGGCGGCGGCGGAGACAGCGGCGGCGGCGGCGCUGUUGCGGCGGACGCGGAGGCGGACGGCCGGAAGUGGGCGGGGCCGGGGCAGCCGGGGGAGGGGCUGUGGCGGGCGCUGUCGGGCUGCCUCACCGCGGGCAAGACGCGCACGCUGCUGCGCCUAUGCCGCGCCGCGCUGCCGCUGCUGCCGGGCGGCGGGCAGCUGCUGGCGGUUGCGGCCAGCAACGUGGCGGUGGACAAUCUCGUGGGAGGGCUGCUGGAUUUGGGGGUCAAGGUGGUCAGAGUGGGACAGCCUGUGAAGGUGGGCUGGGGCACUUGA